AUGGAAGAUAUUUUCCCACCAGAUUACAAUAAGCAGGCCUCUCCUAAUAUCCCAGGAAAGCCAGUCUCUUUAUUCAUAGACCUAAGUGUUAUGGAUAUUGACAGAAUCGAUGAAUCCAGUAUGGAAUUCAGUAUUCAGACAUACAUGCGGGAAAUUUGGAAUGACCGACGGUUGAAUCUGAGUUGUUUCAAGACCGUAGAUGCUUUAGCUCAAAUAGGCAUUCCCGAUUCAGUCGUUCGUGAGCUGUGGACGCCAGAUAUCAUAUUCGACAACGUGAGGUCAGGGGUUUUGUUCAGCCUUUCGGUACGCAAUCAAUUCAUUUCAGUGCUGAGGAAUGGUGAUCUGUAUAGAGCAACCAGGUACAACUUUAUUGUAGGAUGCUAUAUGAAUUUCAUAUAUUACCCAAUUGACAUUCAAGAAUGCUACUUGAAGAUCUCUCUCCUGUCAAAUCCAGACAGAAAAGUGCUCUUGCAGUGGGCGAGGGAAGACGAGCACUACAAAAACUAUUUCAAGGGAGUGUCAUUCACGAAUGAAAUACAAUCUUUGAAAUAUGAGCUUCGACCACCAAAAACUUAUAAAACAAUAGCAGUAUCGGCAGGAGAAAAUUUCACCUAUUUAUAUGCAAACUUCACAUUUGUUCGCAAGAUUAGUGGGAGUAUUCUUAACGUCUACAUUCCAAGUACCCUAGUGGUUUGCUUGUCUUGGACAUCUUUUUGGAUCGACGUCGGUGUAGUUCCCGCUAGGAUUACCCUUGGAGUAACAUCAUUUCUCACGUUGGUGACUCAGAUGGUUCAAGCCAGAAACAGCCUUCCGGCCAUCAGCUACAUGACAGCCAUGGAUCUUUGGCUAUUUGUGUGUCUCGUCAAAGUCUUCUGCUCAAUUUUAGUAUAUGCCUUCACUUAUCGACUGUACAUGUCAAGCAACAAGGUAUUUGAUAUUUCUUAA